AUGGCUCUAGACCCUGGUGCUCGCGUUGACAGCGACUCGCCAGCUUAUCAGUUCUUCGACAAGGAGAUUUGGGAGGAUUUCACCUUCUCCGAACGCUUCCCUGGAUUCCGCGAGCUGCAAAAAUACUUCCAACACGUCGAGAACAAGUGGGACCUACGAAAGGACAUCGAGUAUCACAAAAAUGUCAUAUAUGCGUUCUGGGACUCAGAUAGUCGACGGUGGAGGGUGGGGUGUUCGGACGGAACCGAAACGAAAUGUAGAUGGCUGUUCGCAAACGUGGGCUUUGCGGCCAAAGAGUACAUACCGUACCUCAAAGGCUCUGCCGAUUUUCGUGGCGAGAUGUAUCACACAGCACACUGGCCGCACCACGAAGUCAGUCUUCGAGAGAAAAGGAUUGCCGUCAUUGGCACAGGGGCAAGUGGCAUUCAGGUGAUCCAAGAGGCGGGAAAUGUCUGCAAGCAUCUCACUGUGUACCAACGCACGCCCAAUUUCUGCCUUCCAAUGCAACAGCGUACCUUGGAUGCCAGAGAAGAGCAGAAAAAGAAGGAUGACGGGAUUUACGAAGCAACUUUUAAAGCGUGCGAGAAGACCGAUGCCGGUGUCCCAUACCAAAACAACGGACGCAAGACCUUCAAUGACACGAGUGAACAGCGUGAAGCUUUGUGGAACUCUCUCAUCCAAGACGGCGGCUUCAAAUUCUGGGUCGCCGGUUACGCGGACAUGAAUCUCGACCAGAAAGCCAACGACGCCGCCUACGACUUUUGGCGGCGCAUGGUACUCAAACGCAUCAAAGAUCCGGAGAAAGCCAGGCUGUUAGCACCGGAGGUCCCACCGCAUCCUUUCGGUGCAAAGCGUCCAUCGCUGGAACAGAACUAUUUCGAGGUCGUCAGCCAGGAAAACGUUGACAUCCUCGACUUGAACGAGUUCCCCAUCGAAGAGAUCAAUGCCACGGGCAUUCAUACCGCGGCAGGGCAGGUCGAUGUCGACUUGAUUGUUCUUGCAACGGGUUUCGAUGGUCUGACGGGCGGUUUUAUGGAUAUCGACCUUCGGGGCGUUGACGGACGGACUCUAAAGCAGCACUGGAGCGACGGGGUCAAGACUUCCACGGGCGUGGCCGUGCCGGGGUUUCCCAACAUGUUCUUUCUCUUCGGGCCGCAAGCACCGUCGACAUUUUCCAACGGCCCAUCUUGUAUCCAAUUCCAAGGCCGAUGGUUCGAAAAGCUGUUCAAGAGAAUGUUGGCUGAGGGCAUAGAAACCAUGGAGGCCACAGAAGAAGCGGCCAAUGACUGGGUGGAAAAGAUUCGCGAGAGGUGGGAGGCAACGCUUCUCCCUCGGGGCAAGAUAAGUCGACUCUUUUCUUGCGAUUUCUGGUGGACCGGUGCUAAUAUCCCGGGCAAGAAAGUGCAACCUCUAAGUUGGGCCGGGGGUCUGCCCUCAUACAUGCAGAUGCUUGAUGAGACGUUGGGCAACAACUACCAGGGCUGGAUUGUAGGACGCGAAGUAUCUAAGCAUGGCAGGGUAUCAGAGAGAUAG